AUGGACAUGGAUGUCUUUCCGCAACCACCGACGGCAACGUACAUACCAUGCACCAACGGAUCGCGGUCUCUCGAUAUUCGUGACCUCCAUCUGACUGGGCACGAUGCAAGCCCUCACAGUUUCCUUUGGGCUGCUUGGACGUUGUUAGCCGCUAAGCUAGGCGAUUCAGACGCUGCCAGCUUUCAAGUGUCAAAGUCCGACGAAACAAACAAUAACACGCCACUACAAAUCAAUGUAGACUGGGAUGAAACCAUCCAACAAUUUCUACACCAUUUCCAAGCUCGGGGAGAGCAACAUGCAAGUCCUAUUAUCAAAAAACGACACGAUGAGACAGCUCUCGUGACAGUCUUCGACUUUGCGGAGAAGGACAUUCCUCCGUCUGUGGACAAUGAGGCUCAAAAGACCGACUAUAUUAUCGUGUUGAAAUGCGAAGUUUACAAAAAAGACCUACGAGUCAGAAUCGACUUUGACUCUCAUAUUUUUGAUGAUGAACAAGUGGAAAGAAUUUCUUACCAACUUGAGCACAUACUUAGACAGUUAACGACCACUGAGUACCAGCAAAAGACACUAGCCGUCGUGGAUUUCGUUGGCAAGCGAGAUUUGCGUGAUAUCUGGAAAUGGAACGAUGCUAUUGCAGAGCCUGUCGACAAUCAUGUAUACGAAUUGAUUGCUGAUCACGCUCGAGAGCGACCUGAAGCCGCCGCAAUAUGCGCGUGGGAUGGCGAAUUGACAUACAAAGAGCUCGAUGAGCUGUCAACCAAGCUAGCAUUGCGCCUCCGCCAACUCGGUGUCGGACCGGGGUCGAUAGUCCCAAUUUGUUUUGAGAAAUCGAAAUGGACUCCAGUGGCCUUGCUUGGCAAUAUGAAAGCCGGUGGCGCCACUAUUGCCUUGGACACUACACAGCCGGAAGAACGUUUGCGGUCGAUCAUUCAGCAAGUCGACCCUCAAUUGAUUCUUUCGUCAAUAGCCAAGCAAGACCUAGCCAGUCGCUUGGUUCCAGGUAAGGUUGAAAUUUUACGUGAAGAUAUUCGGUUUCAAGAUGGAAGCCCGCUUGAAAGGGUGCCAAUGUCAAGUACUUCGUUUUUGCUCUUCACAUCCGGAUCAACCGGACUACCCAAAGGUGUCUGCUGGGACUUUCGAUCAGCGGCCACGGUUGCGCGUUUAAUCCCCAAGGCUCUGGGAAUUGAUCACAACAGCAGGGUUUUCCAUUUUGCAUCGUACGCCUUCACAGUCGGCGUACUAGAAAUGAUUAUUACUCUAACCAGUGGUGGCACACUUUGUACACCAUCUGAAGCCUCUAAACUCGACGAUCUGAGCAACGCCAUGGCCCAGUUACGAGUCAACUGGGCAUUUCUUGUUCCAUCCCUAGCGAAGAUGAUCGAACCGAGCUCCCUACCGGAUCUCAAGACCGCGGUACUAACGGGGGAGUCACUCACUGAAGGAGACGUGGAACGGUGGAUCGGCCAUGUGGCGGGGUAUAAUUAUUACGGAUGUACUGAAUGUCCGUAUAUUGGCUGGUGUCGAACGGAUGAUGGAAAGUGGAAGAAUGGAAAGGUAGGUUUGGCUACUGGCACGGCUCAUUGGAUUGCAGAUGCGGCGGACCCUUAUAAGCUAGCCCCAGUGGGAGCUGUGGGACAGCUACUUGUGGAAGGUCCCGUGGUUGCAAAGAAUUACCAUAAUCGAUCGGAAUUGUUUCAGGAGUCUCUGUGUAUCAACCCUCCGUGGUUGUUAAACGGACAUGACGGCCGAGGCGGAAGAGAAGGUGUGAUGUUCAAGACCGGCGAUCUUGUUCGGUACGACACAGAUGGCUCAAUCGUAUAUGUUGGUCGAAGGGAUGCGCAGGUUAAAAUCAGAGGCCAACGGGUGGAACUGAGAGAGGUGGAACAUCACAUUAGGACCAUCAUCGGGGGUGACAAGGUCGAUGUUGCCGUUGAUGUUGUUACUCCUCAGGGAAGCCCCAACCCGUUGCUCAUUGCAUUUCUUGCCCAAAACAAUAAUUCAUUAGAAGAUGACUCGAUAUCCGACUGGAUCGAGGGAUUGGACAAAAAGUUGGGCGAACUUGUCCCGCUCUACAUGAUUCCGAGCGCUUUCGUCAAGGUGGACGAGAUCCCUCUUCUCAAGUCAGGAAAAUGUGACCGUCGCCGAGUGCGAGAAAUUGGACAGGCACUGACUUUGGAGAGUAUAACGGCUGCCUCUGCGUCUCGAAAGAAAUUUGGCAAGGUAACGACUAAAAUGGAGGAAAAACUUCAAGCUUUGUUUGCAACCGUUCUUGGCAUCGACCCCGACACAAUUAGUGCAAACGAUACAUUCUUACAGCUUGGAGGAGACUCUAUAUGUGCCAUGCGACUCGUUGCAAAGGCUCGCGAGCAAGACCUAGCAUUGUCGGUACCUGAUGUCUUUCAAGCCGCAUCGCUCAGGGAUUUGGCUCGUGGUAUCAAAAUCAAUAAUGAUAAGGGACAGGAGGAUGUUGCCCCUUUCUCUUUACUAUCUGACCAGACUAAUGUCGAAGAUAUCCGCAAGGAGGCUACUUCUCAGUGUGACAUUGAUGCGCUGGAUAUUGAAGACGUGUACCCUUGCACUGCUCUACAAAAGGGCAUGCUUGCAGUGACCGAAAAGACCCAAGGGAGCUAUGUCAUCCAACACGUUCUCAAAUUACGCGACGGCAUCGAUAUUGAAAGACUUCGAACAGCCAUCAUCGAAACAGGUCAAGAAACACCCAUUCUGCGCACGAGAAUCUUCGAUUUUGAAGGACGCGAUGUGCUCAACGUCAUCGUUAAAAAUGGGAUCGCUAUGCCAAUACUUGCCCAUGACCUCGAAGAUUACCUGUCGUCAGACAAACAAAUUCCCAUGGGUCUUGGAACGUCUCUCUCACGCACUGCUAUUAUUCAUAGUAAUGCUGGCGGUAAAAAGUACCUCGUGUGGACAAUCCACCAUUCCAUUCAUGAUGGCUGGGCUAUUGGUUUAUUACUUGACCGGGUGGAGAAAAAAUACAAAGGUGCAGAAUUAAACCAAAAACCUACUUUCCAAGAAUACAUCAGCCGUAUCCAAGCGACUAGUGAGGAAGACGCCGAGAAAUUUUGGUCGGAUCAAUUUCAAGGAACAAGCGCGCAAGAUCUUCUCCGUUUACCACAAUCGACCUACCAGCCAGUCUCUGAUUCAACAUUUUCUCAUACCAUUCAUGGAAUUGGAUCAAACUUGACAGGUUAUACGACGCCUGUCAUUAUCCGCGCAGCGUGGGCGAUUCUGAUCUCGCGAUACACAAGUUCUAGCGAUGUUGUUUUUGGAACUACAGUCAUGGGCCGCCAGGGGCUGUUGUCUGGUGCAGAACAUGUCGUUGGACCAACAAUUGCGACGCUCCCACUACGCCAGGUGGUAGAACCACAAUUAACAGUAGAAGACUUGCUGUCAAAAGUCCACUUUCAGGCACAAGAAAUGGUACCUUUUGAACAUGUAGGUCUAUCAUGGAUUCGGCGUCUUCUUCAGAAGUCUGGAGACAAUUGUGAUUUCCAGACCCUGCUUGUGGUUCAACCGAAAGAAUAUGCCAGUCCGAUUCGUAAUGCUCAAAUGCUGUUUGAGGAAGACGGAGAUAACCCCGAGUACGGUGUCAACAGUGGCUGGCAGUCAAUGAACACGUACGCCAUGACAAUUGAAUGUCAGCUUGAGAAUGAAGACGCAGCGGUUCACGUCAGUUUCGACUCCAAUAUUGUUGAAAAGCAGCAGGUCAAGCGUCUAAUGACGCAGUUGGAGUUUGUUAUUCAUCAGUUGUGUGCACAUCGACGUGACAGCUCGAAAAAAUUAACAGACGUCGAAGUCACAAGUGGAAAAGACCUUGAAAACAUUUGGAAAUGGAAUGCUACUCAAUACCAGCCAGUCAACGCUUCUCCUCACGAACUCAUUUCCGAAACCGUUGUUCGACAGCCAAACGCGCCUGCUAUUUGUGCUUGGGAUGGUGAGUUGUCCUAUGGGCAGCUGGAGGAUAUCACCACCCGUCUUGCCUUUCAUCUCCUAGAUCUCGGGGUGAACUCCACCACGACCGUGCCCCUUGUUUUCGAAAAAUCAAUGUGGACGGCGGUAGCCGAGUUGGCAACAAUGAAGACAGGUGCUGCUGCUGUAGCCAUGGACUCUACUCAACCUGAAGCUCGAUUAACAUCCAUUGUGUCGCAAAUUGACUGUAAAAUUAUUCUGUCGUCGUGGCGGAAUCGUGAUAUGGCCCAUAGGUUAGCAGAAGGGGCUCCGGUUGUUAUUUUGGAUAAAGCCAACUCCGAGAAAUGGCUUCCGGACCACACUCGAAAGUUGCCAUCAGUUGAUCCUUCAUCACAGCUAUGUCUGAUAUUUACAUCUGGUUCUACUGGCACGCCAAAGGGAGCGUCUUUGUCACGCUCCAAUUUGAGCACGGCUAUGGUACAUCAUUCUGAAUACUACGAAUUUGAUUCCAAUGUACGAACUUACGACUUUGCUUCUUACAACUUCGACUACGCUUGGUCAAAUUUACUGGUCACCCUGUACGUGGGUGGUUGCCUGUGUGUUCCGUCUGCAGACGAGCGCAACAAUGAUCUUACUAGGUCACUCCGGCGAUACAAUGCCACCUUCUGUUGUUUCACACCAUCCACUCUCCGGGCUAUAGUGCUAGAGGACUCCGAGACUCUCCCACUAAAAACACUAGUUGUCGGUGGAGAGUAUUUGCGGCCUGUAGAUAUACCACCAUGGGCCAGGAGAAUCAAGUUUUUCAACGUAUACGGACCAACAGAAUGCACAAUGUUUGCAACGAGCACAAUUAUCUACGACCCAGACCCAAACGAAACAUUCUCUAUUGGAUCAGGAGUGAUUACUAACACUUGGAUUGUCGAUUCUCAAGACUCUUCAAAACUAGCCCCAGUCGGUGCUGUUGGCGAGUUGUGGUUAGAGGGUCCUGGUGUCGGAAGAGGGUAUUUUGGUAACCCCGAAAAGACAGCUGCAACAUUUGUAGAAAAUCCAAGGUGGCUCCUUGAAGGAUACCAUGCAGCAGGCAUCCCUGGCCGUCGUGGUCGUCUAUAUCGAACAGGUGAUUUAGUUCGAUACGGACAGGACAACAUUAUCUUCUUCAUCGGACGUAAAGAUGCCCAGGUUAAAAUUCGAGGACAAAGAAUUGAACUGGGCGAGGUUGAACACCACGUCCAAAAGUUACUUCCUCCACGUGCAGAGGGAGCUCAUGUUGUUAUCGAAACAGUUCCUGCUCGAGAAACUGGGAAGCCGGCACUCGCUGCUUUCAUUUGCCCUAGAGAUGCCUCAACAUUGAGUCCCGAGGAAAUCCAGUCCGAAGUCGCGACAAUAGGGGUUGAACUGAAUGAACGCCUAUUUGCUGCGGUACCUGCAUACAUGGUCCCAACUAUGUAUGUUCCAGUGCAGAAGAUGCCCAUGUUAGCCACUGGAAAAACCGACCGGCGCCGCCUACGCGAGCUCGGGGCUACAAACGACUGGUCCAUAGUUUGGAAUAAAGCCAAUCUGGGGGGCAAAGUUCCAUCGAAUCCUUUGGAGGAAAUAUUGCGGGACGUUUGGAGCCAGGUCAUAGGACUUCCUGCAGAGGCUAUUCCAGUGGAUACAACUUUUACUCGCCUUGGAGGUGAUUCCAUCUCAGCCAUGCAAGUUUGUUCUCGAUGCCGAGUCAAGGAAAUAUCAGUCACCGUGGCCGAGAUCCUCAAGUAUCAAACCAUCGAACAGAUAGCUCCACGAUGCAAAGAAUUAUCGACCAAGGCCGUUUUCGCAGAAGAUGGAGCGGAUGGAGUACCGUGGAAUCUAUCCCCUGUUCAACAGAUGCAUUUCGAUGGUCAUCCAGAUGGAGUAGAUCACUUCAACCAGGCAUUUUUGCUUAGAGCCAGAGCUCCAAUUUCUACAGAAGAACUUGCUGCCGCUACAACCGCGGUGGUUGAAAGACAUGCUAUGCUUCGGGCGAGAUACAGCAUUAACAAGAAAAAUGGAUCCUGGGAACAACACGUUGCUCCUACCUCUUCAGAAUCAUUUCAUUUCUCUGAAAUGGACAUCGAGGACGAAAACGAGGCGCUUGAACAUGCUCGCCAUCAGCAAAAAACCCUUCACAUUGUGGAGGGCCCGGUGUUUUCACUUAUCGUUUUUAACGUCGUAGGAAGUGAACUGAAGUUGAUCGCAAUGUCUGGCCAUCAUCUUGUCAUUGACCUCAUGUCAUGGCGAAUUAUAUGGCAGGACCUAGUAGAUUAUCUUCAGGAUAAAAAGACAUUCUUGCCACCCCCCAUCUCCUUCCAGACAUGGUCGAAAAUGCAGAAACGAGAGGCAUUGCAGUUUUCCCAUCACAAAGCAUUGCCGUUUGAAAUUCAACCUCCUCAAUUUGAAUAUUGGGGACCACGCUGUCUAGAGAAGAAUACGUAUGAAGACAGCGAAUUAUACGUUGAAAUCAUUGACGCUGAGACAACAGCCUUACUACUCGGCGAAAGCAACGAAAGUUUGAGAACGGAACCAAUCGACCUCAUGCUAGCAGCGCUUAUCGCUUCGUUUUCCCAGACCUUUGCGAAAAGAAGACCUCCUACCAUACUCCUUGAAGGACACGGGAGGGAGCCGAUAGAAAGGGUCGACGUUGACUUGUCCGAGACUGUUAGCUGGUUCACAACCAUGUACCCAAUCCAAGUAGGGUAUAAAUCAGAUAAAAGCAUCGUCGACCUCGUGGGAACGGUCAAGGAUUAUCGCAGAAGCGUCCCAGGCAAAGGUAGGCCGUGGUUUGCAUACAGCCUACAUACUCAAGACGGCCGUGAAAAAUUCCAACAGCAAUGGCCAGGUGAACUUUUGUUCAACUACAUGGGUCAAUUCCAACAGCUAGAGCGGCAUGGCUUUUUCGAACGCGUUCCUUGUGACUUGCAAGCAGUAUCGACAACUAUGGGCCGCAUGGCUCUUAUCGAAGUCAAUUCUGAUAUACAGGAUGGCGAACUUCACAUGGGGAUUUCCAUUAAUAAGCACAUGGCACAUCAGGAACAGCUGCAGACUUGGAUGAGGACAUUUUCGUUCUGCCUGAAGGAAGUCGCAAACGUGAUGAACACGACAAAACGUACUUUUACGUCUACCGACUUUCCUUUGCUUCAGACUUCGAAUUCUGGGCUCAGUAAUCUUAUUUUAAGUAUUGGAUUGCCCGAAGAAGAGAUUGUUGAUAUAUAUCCAUGCACCGCUAUUCAAGAAGGAAUUCUGCUCAGUAUUCAAAUGUCUGCCGCUACUUAUGAGAAUACUUGGAUCUGGGAGUGUUCCGGAAAGAAUAUUUCUCCAUCUCGCAUAGAACAGGCCUGGAGACGCUGCAUUCAGCGUCACUCUAUCCUAUCGAAUAUUUUCGUUGAGAAUCCCGAGGCCGGAGGUUUCGUCCAGGUCGAGUUGAAGAACCCUGCCAUCAACGUUGAGCAUGUUUCAACCGUCGGCAAUCCUGCGGAUAUUCUGUUUGAACGCUCAAAGCCAGUAUAUAGCUCCCGCGUGCCCCAGCAUUUAUUCACGAUAAGUCAUACCUCUGAUGGCUCUGCUGCAUGCAGAUUGGACAUGAACCAUGCCCUCAUUGAUGCAAGCUCGAUUCCUGUGCUCGUUCGCGACCUUUCCAAUUUUUACACCCAUACCGUACCAUUGUCAUCUGCACCAAAGUUUCAAGACGUUGUUGGUUUCAUGCAAAAUGAUCCCAAGGAUUCAGGCAUUGAAUAUUGGAAUAACUUUCUUAGAGACGUUCAAGUCUGCGAGCUGCCUGCGUCUCAGACGGAAUUCCGAAAUGAUGAGUCCCAGUCAAGCCCCUACGGAUAUACAGAAAUCAAGAACGAUCUGAUUGGCGAUAUUGACAAAUGGUGUCGUGACCAUGAGGUCACUCGAGCAGUUUUGCUAGAAAUAGCUUGGGCUUUAGUCCUAUCUAUCUAUACUAACAAGAGUGACGUUUGUUUUGGAUAUGUUUCGUCCGGCCGAGAUAUCGAUGUCGAUGGAGUCCACAACGCAGUCGGACCUUUGAUUUGUUUAUUACUGGCCCGUAUAAACCUUGACAAACCAACAAACGAUGUUUUGAGCCGCACGUACAAAGACUCAGCAGAGCAUUUUAAUCAUCAACACACUUCGCUAGCAGAAAUCCAGCACCAACUUGGAUUCAGCAACCGUCGGAUUUUUAAUACUGCGGUGACAAUUCGCGAGUCUUCUGAUCACGAGAGCAACGGCGAUGUCAAAUUCACUCAAGUCCAUGUUGAAGAUUCAAACGAGUACGACGUUUUACUUGUUGUUGGCCUUAAUGGAACCCACACAGAAAUAGGCAUCCACUACCGAACAGCGUUUGCGAAUGAAUUUUUUGUACAGGAAUUGCAAUUGACAUUGGAGAAAGCUCUUGAGUUUUUGCUCAACCCAGCGGCUUCAUCAAACCCCAAAAAUCUGCGAGACUCAUUCUAUGCGUACGCAACUGGAAUUGACCGAAACCUCGCCAUUGACAUUUGGGAAUCUCGCUCAAUAGAUGAUGAGUUACAGCCGUUCCCUGUGUUGCCUGUUACAAAGUACUCGCCUUGUGCGGAUGAUACUGUUAGCGUUGCAAUUCCACGUUUGUCUUGGCCACAAAACGACUACACCAUGUCGACGGUGCUAUCUGGUGCUCUUGCGCUACUUUUCCGAUCUUAUACCAACACAAGUGGAAGCCUAAUAGGAAUUUGUGGCGAAGAAUCAGUCAUGCCGCUCCCUAUUCACCUCGAACACGAUAUGACGGUUAAUGGAUUGUUACAGAAUAUCCAGAAAGAUGUAACCCGCAUAGCAGAAUUUGAUAAGAUUACGUUGUCCCAAAUUCGUCGGUUAGGCAAUAACGCGCAGCGUGCCUGCGAAUUCCAGACUAUUGUGAAGACAGGUCAAAACCUGAGUUCUGACUUCACGGAAAGCCUUAAAAAUACCUAUUUGCUGCAAGUCUCUUGCCGUCUAGAAAAAGAUGGCGCAAACCUGGAAUUAAAUUUUGAUCGGAAUAUCGUCGAAGCCGACCAAGCACGACGUAUAGUGAAUCAAUUGGCUCAGGUUCUUGAGCGGAUUUGUGAAAAGAAUUCCUGGAGCAGAUCUGUAUUCAGUAUCGAGACGACGAGCAAACAAGAUAUCGAAUGUAUUCAUGGGUGGAACAGGAAUGUGCCCUCAUCUGUUGACAGAUGCGUCCACGACAUCAUUACUGAAAUGGCAUCACAACACCAAACAGCAUCAGCCAUAGAUGCGUGGGAUGGAAAAUUAACCUACGGGCAACUUGAUCAAUUUUCAACACAAUUGGCAUAUCAUCUUGUAUCCAUCGGAGUUAGGAAAGGGUUGGUGGUUCCGUUGUGCUUUCCCAAAAGUGUUUGGAUGCCUGUGGCUGCACUCGCUGUUAUGAAGGCUGGAGGGGCCUUUAUAGCCCUGGAUGCGAAUUUACCAACACGCAGGUUGCAAGAUAUUGCCGAGCAUGUUGGUUCCGAGAUUGUCAUCACUGCAAGUGGCAGUAAAGAACUGGCAGACUGCUUGAAGAACAGUGCAGUUGUUGUUGUCGACGCAGAUACGCUCUCAAGGCUCCCUACACCACAACAAUCCCCCCUUCCCACAGUUCGAGCAAGAGAUCCGUUGUAUGUCGUCUCUACUUCUGGUAGUACUGGAAAGCCGAAAUUCCCAACUAUUUCACACUCCAACUUCGCAAGCGCAAUCUACCACCAACGUUCCAUCAGAGCUCUCAAUAAAUCCUGUCGAGCUUAUGACUUCGCAUCGUAUGCUUUUGAUGCAGCCUUGUCAAACCUCAUUCAUGUUCUCGCGGCGGGCGGGUGCCUCUGUAUUCCGUCUGAAGAGCAAAGGAAGAGCGAUUUGAUCACAUCGAUGAACGAAUUCCAAAUUACAUAUGCUGACUUAACGCCCAGUACAGCAAGGCUUCUGAGCCCUAAACUCAUUCCAACUCUUGAAGUACUCGUCCUAGCAGGUGAGCCCGUUACUGCGAAAGACAUUACGACUUGGAGUUCGCAGCUGGACCUAAAGGUUCUCUACGGCCCUGCUGAGUGUAGCGUUGCAGCCACUGGUAUAGAUUGGAACAAAGGUUAUUCACCAGGGGAAAUUGGCAGUGGUAUUGGGCUUUGCACGUGGGUUGUGGAUAUUAACUGUGGACGUCUUGCAUCAAUGGGUGCAGUUGGGGAGCUGUGGCUUGAAGGGCCUCUCGUGGGUGACGGCUACUUUCAAGAUCCAGAGAGAACCUCUGAAGCAUUCAUUGAGGACCCUUCAUGGCUUCCUAGAAAAGGCCGUCUUUAUCGCACCGGAGACUUGGUGCGGUACAAUGAAGACGGUAGCUUGGUAUUCGUCGGACGUAAAGAUGCACAAGUCAAAUUACGUGGACAGCGAAUAGAACUGGGAGAGAUUGAACACCACGCUGGACAACUGUUCCAAGAAAACGAAAGAGCGAUCCUAGCAGCCGAAGUUAUCAGGCCCAAAGAUAGUGAAGCUCAGCUCUUGGCCUUGUUUUUCCAUGUUGCUGAUCGGUCAUCUCUCGCCAACAUCACUGAAGACAUCGUCGAAACGUUGGCGAAAGCACUUCCGUCAUAUAUGGUCCCUUCCACCUGGAUUUUCCUCGAAGAAUUUCCAAUUACUGCAACUGGUAAAAUUGAUCGCCGCAAAAUACGUGAAGUAGGAUCCUCAAUGAGCUUAGAAACACUUAUGAACCGCAACCAACUUCGCUCCACGAAUCGGCAAAAACCGCAGACACCGCACGAACUCCAGCUACAGAGCCUUUGGGCAUCCGUGCUUAACAUCCCGGUCUCCAGAAUAUCAGCCAACGACAAUUUCCUCCGAAUAGGAGACUCAAUCCAUGCAAUGAAACUUACAAGCGCGGCUCGAAAAAUCGGUUUCUCGCUGAGCGUCGCAGAUGUUUUCAAACAUCCUCGACUCAGUGAUAUGGCGAAGAAAAUACAACGCCAGCAAACAACCAAGAAGACAACCUUGCCAUUUUCCUUGUUAAAACACAGUCUAGACUUGGAUGAAAUCCGUUUCCACGCAGCAAAUCUUUGCGGUGUGAGCCCGACCGCGAUUGAGGAUAUUCUUCCCACAACUCCUCUGCAAGCCGGCCUGUUAGCCCUAACUCAGCGCCACUCUGGAGAUUAUAUAAUGCGACAGGCCUUGGAACUCCGAGGAAAUAUUAAUGUUGACAAAUUUAAAAGUUCCUGGGAAGAAGUUGUCGCUGCUACGCCAAUUCUACGCACUCGUAUCGCGGACUUGCCAGGACAGGGCUUGGCUCAAAUUGUUAUUGACGAGGGCGUAGAUUGGAUACAAAGCAAUAAUCUUGAAAAUAUCACUCAUGGUAAUGAGCUACAUACAGUUGAAAUGGGCGCUUCUCUAGCAAAGUAUGGACUGGUGACCGAUGAAAACAGAAAAACGACUUGGUUCGUAUUGACGCUACACCAUGCUGUAUAUGACGGCUGGUCUAUCGAAAGACUUUUUGAGUCUCUCGAAGAAAUCUAUCAACAAGAGCAAAAUCCUACGCCAUCUACAGAACCAUUCCAGAAGUUCGUACAGUACACAAAGGAACAAACUGGUGAAUUGGCAAAGAGGUUCUGGAGCGAAUACCUGGGUGGAUCAGAAACGGCACAGUUUCCUGCCCUUCCGUCGUCCAAGUAUGACCCAAGGGCUGACAAAAAAUUCAAUCACACUUUGAAAAACAUUGACUGGUCGUGCAUUGAUGUUACCCCAGCUACAGCAAUUCGAACUGCCUGGGGUAUCCUACAGUCAAGCCAUACGGGCUUGAAUGAAUCCAUUUUUGGAGCUGUCGUCAAUGGUCGUCAGGCACCCGUACCCAAUAUUGAAGUUUUGAUUGGCCCGACUAUUGCUACAGUCCCAGUCCGGGUGGUCAUGAAGAAUAACGACAAUACAACCCAGCUUCUUCGGCGAGUGCAAGAAGACUCAGUCGACAUGAUCCCCUAUGAGCAAACUGGCCUUCAGAAUAUACGGAAUAUAGAAAAUCUUUCACAGGCUUCCUGUGACUUCCAGACAUUGCUCGUCAUUCAACCGGAGGAGCCUGCCACCCGAAACUCAAUUUUCACUGGAAAUACCAGAGGCGCCGAAGAAGCCAGUACAAGAUUUAGCUCAUACGCCAUGGUAGUAGAUUUCGAACUUGAAGGGCAGUCAUUAGGUAUUCAAGUUACCUUCGACUCUCACGUUAUCGAAGAGCAUCAGGUGGGGCCACUGAUAUUGGGCUUCGAACGUGUACUGCGACAAGUUUGCACCAGCCAAGAUUCUGCACCAAAAGUUAUGGAUAUUGAUGUUCUCGGAAAAGCAGAACUCGAAAAUCUCUGGGAGCAAAAUUCGGAUGUUCCUCUUACAAUAAACAAAUGUGUCCACGAUCUGAUCAUCUCAACGGCUGGUCGACAGCCAGACGAAGUCGCCGUUUCAGCAUGGGAUGGAGAAUGGACCUACCGAGAGCUCGAGCAACUCUCAGCUCGGGUUGCAGCAAGACUUGUUGAAUCUGGAGUCAAGCCGGGUGAGAUAAUUCCGUUGUGCUUUGAGAAGUCUAAGUGGAUGCCGAUUGCCACCUGCGGCGUUAUGAGGGCUGGGGGUGUGUGCCUUCCCCUUGACUCCAAUCAGCCGGAAUCACGGCUGCAGACAAUUGUGCAACAAGUCCAUCCAAAAACGGUCCUUUCAUCCUUAAAAAACGAGUCACUUAGCAAAAGGCUAGGUAUACAGUCGGUAGUACUCAUACACGAUACUCUCCACGAGGCUAUUCAUACUGUGCCGCUUCCAAAGGUGGAUCCUGAAUCACCUUUGUUUGUGCUCUUUACCAGUGGAAGUACUGGAACUCCUAAAGGUGUUAUGAUCAGCCACAAUAACUUUGCCUCUGCCAUUUUCUACCACGGGAAAAUAUUUGAUAUUGGCCCGGGACAGAGGAUCUUUGAUUUUGCCUCUUAUAGUUUCGACAUUUCGUGGUUCAACGCUUUACAGUCCUUUUCCCAUGGCGGUUGCCUUUGCAUCCCAUCCGAAGAUGAACGCCAAAAUGACAUUGCCGGGUCAUUACGCCGGUAUAAAUCUACCAUUGCAUUCCUGACUCCAACCGUUUUGAGAUUGCUAAAACCCGAAGAUUGCCCGGACCUUAAACUAGUCGCCCUUGGUGGUGAGCCUCAACGAUGGAGCGACUUUGAGCCUUGGGUUGAACAUGUCAAGACAUUGACUGUUUACGGUCCGGCGGAGUGUACUGUUGUAUCCACCGCCACGUCAGCCCUCGCAUUGAAAGGUUCCGAUUUCUUUAUCGGCUCUGGUGAAGGAUUAAAUCUUUGGAUUGUCGAUCCUCAAAAGUGCACUCUUACCCCGACUGGUGGUGUUGGCGAGAUUUGGCUAGAAGGCCCGCUGGUCGGUCAAGGAUACUAUAACGACACUGAGAAGACUACAGCGGCUUUUGUUCAGGACCCAUGUUGGCUCCUCGAGGGCACAAAACACCAUCCUGGUCGCCGUGGACGGUUGUAUCGAACUGGGGAUCUAGUAAGGCGCAAUGUCAACGGAACCCUUACAUCUGUAGGAAGAAAAGACACACAGAUCAAAAUCCGUGGACAACGUGUCGAACUCGGUGAAGUAGAGCACUGUAUUCAACACCUCUUGCCACAUGACAGCAUUGUUUUACGAGCGAUCGCUGAGGUUAUCACACCCAAUGGAGGCAAAGAUUCCCUCUUGGUGGCAUUCUUACACGUUCCACAUAGCACAGAGACGACGAAAGAAUUGAGUAUAACAGUUGCGGAGUUGGAGGAUCGCAUUACCUCACUACUUCCUUCAUACAUGGUACCAUCUGCUUGGGUUCCAUUGGGCAAACUUCCUAUCACCGUCAAUGGCAAGACCGAUCGAAGAAGUCUACGCCAAGAUGGCUCGGAAAUGACAAUUGAUCAGCUCCAUACCCUUAAGCCAAGGAAUAAAGACCGACCAAGACCUGAAACGCCUAUGGAAAAGACUUUACAAAUUCUUUGGGCUUCUGUUCUUGAAAUAGAAGCAAGCGAACUUUUCGCAAAUGAUAGCUUCUUCCGACUUGGUGGCGACUCGGUCGCUGCUAUGAGGUUCGUGGCUGCUGCUCGUCGGGCUAACAUCCAAGUUACAGUUGCAGAAGUUUUCAAGCAACCAAAGUUACAUGAUUUGGCUACCAGUCUUGUGCAAAAUGACACCAAACUCACGGUCCAGAAUAUCCUUCCUUUCUCAUUGCUGAAGUCCGACUCGCUUUCCCAGAGCGCUCGGGGCCAAGCAGCAGGCCUCUGUGGUGUGAAUGAGAACAUUGUGACCGAUGUGUACCCUUGCACUGGUUUGCAAGAGGGGUUACUUGCAAUGACUGCCAAAAAUGACGGCCAUUACGUCGCUCACUUCAAGAUCCCGCUACAGCCCGGAUUCUCCGUUCCUCGUUUCAAGUCAGCCUGGAGCCAACUUGUGUCUGAAACUGCAAUUCUACGCACACGGAUUGUUGAUUUGCCAGGUCAAGGCUUGGUACAAGUAGUACUUCAGGAUGUUCAAAAGUUAAAGGAAUGCAGCCGAGAGGAAAUUUAUCGUUAUAAUGAUGCUUUCCUCCCAGGACUUGGCUCUCCUCUCAUGCAAGCAGCGCUUGUAAAAGAGGCCGCCGGAACUAUAACAUUUGAAUGGACACUUCAUCAUGCUGUUUACGAUGGGUGGUCAAUGCAAUUACUUCUUGAAUCUCUUGAGUCGGCAUAUUUUGAAGAAACCCGUCAUCCUCUUACGCCGUUCAACUCUUUUGUUAAGUAUCUUCAUGACAGUGAUGAGGAAUCAGAGGUGGAGCAUUGGAAUUCCAUGUUCGAAAAUUUCAACCCGCAGCAAUUUCCCAAAUUGCCUUCAACAUCGUACCAGCCGAAAUCAGAUUCAAUGAAGCUACACACCAUUAAGCAUUUAGUGUGGCCCGAGGGGGAUAUCACUGUUUCCGCUGCUGUCAAGACUGCAUGGGCUAUUCUUUUAUCUCGAUAUACGGAUUCUUCUGACGUAGCUUUCGGUGUUGUGACUGCAGGACGACAAGCAGCAGUGGCAAAUAUUGAAAACAUUGCUGGACCAACGAUUGCAACCGUCCCUCUAGCUGUUCAUAUAGAUGGAAAGACAAGUGUCGAGAACUUGCUGAUCGAAACCCAGAAGCGUGCCACUGACACUAUUCCUUUCGAGCAGCGAGGUAUAAGUCGCAUUCAACGACUCAAUGGUUCAGCAGAGAAUGUGUGCCAGUUCCAAUCGCUUCUAAUCAUACAGCCCGCCGAGCAAAAAAAGGACAAGAGCAAACUUUAUCUUACUCACGUGGAAGAUAACUUGGGCCCGGAUGCAACCACAGCAGCUCAGUUCAAUACGUACGCACUUAUGCUGUGGUGUCAGCUUGGGUCAAAUACACUCAAUGUCCAAGUCAGUUACGAUUCACAUGUCAUUUCCGAUAUACAAAUCGAGAGACUCCUACGGCAAUUUGAGGAUAUCCUGCGGCAAACAUCUCUCAAGAACACAGCAGUUAGGGAUAUUAGAGCAGUUAGUGAGAAAGACUUACAGGACAUAUGGAAGUGGAACAGUUCAGUACCUGAAACAUUCGAAGCAUGUAUCCACGACCUUAUCAAUGAUGCAGCUUUGCGAUACCCUGAUUCCCAAGCUGUUUGUGGGUGGGAUGGGUCGCUUACUUAUAAGGAGCUGAAUGAGAAAUCCACAGCAUUGGCAUACCGUCUUCUCGAACGAGGAAUGAAACCCGGUUCAUCUGUACCCUUGUUCUUCGGAAAAUCCAAGAUCAUGCCUAUUAGCGCUUUGGCAGUCAUGAAAGCUGGUGGGACAUGCCUAGCCUUGGAUAUUAACCAACCUCAACAACGAUUGCGUACCAUCGUUGAAAAUAUGAAUCCACAGAUACUUCUUACCUCGGCACAAGAAAAGCCACUGGCCUCAUCUAUUGGCGUCGAAAAUGUCAUGACUAUUGAACCGAAAGACACAGACGAAACACAAUUCAAAUCACAAUUGACCUUACUGCCAAAAGUAGCUCCAUCAAGUUUGCUUUAUAUCGUUUUCACGAGUGGGUCAACGGGAAACCCCAAAGGCGUGGCUAUUACGCAUUCAAACUUUGCAAGUGCCGUAUGUCACCAACAAGCAUUAUUAGGCUUGGAUCAUAAAUCACGAGUGUAUGACUUCGCAUCAUAUACUUUUGACGUCUCGUGGUCAAACACCCUAGCCACCAUGAUUUGCGGUGGCUGCGUGUGUAUCCCUUCUGAAUAUGAACGAAUUAAUGACCUUUCAAAUUCCAUGCUACGUCUAGAGACAAACCUGGCAAGCUUGACUCCUCACGUGGCAUGUAGCCUAACUUCAAAGGCUCUUCAUAGUUUGAGUUCGUUGCAACUGACCGGCGAGCACGCAUCCAAAGAACAGAUUGAGCAUCUAUCGCAGUUUGUGAACCUAAGGAUUGCUUAUGGUCCAGCAGAAUGCACUAUUUACUCCACUAUUUCCGAGACUGGAAGGUUUCCAUCAAAUAUAGGAAAAGGUGUAGGAACCUGCACCUGGGUAGUUGACCCAGCAAAUAAUAGUCUCCUCGCACCGGUUGGGUCUGUUGGAGAGUUGUGGCUAGAAGGACCUCUCGUUGCUCAUGGUUAUUUUGAAGAUCCAGACAAGACAGCUGCUAGCUUCGUUGAGAACCCUAUUUGGCUUGUGAAGGGAAGUGGCAUCACCCCUGGUCGAAACGGGAGGCUAUACAAGACUGGAGAUCUCGUCCGUUAUAACAAUGAUGGGACAUUGGCAUUUCUUGGAAGAAAAGACAGUCAAAUCAAGAUUCGAGGGCAGCGUGUGGAACUUGCGGAGAUUGAAUACAACGUGAAACAAGUACUCUCCAUUUUACUCGGCUCUGUUCAAGUUAUCGUCGACACUGUGACGGUUAAAAGUAUGAAAAGUCCUACGCUAGUAGCAUUUGUCUCUUCGAAUGACUUGGACGGAGCUGGGAAUAACGGUCUUCAAACCCGGCUCCUCGGAAUGGGUUCAAGGAUAGAAGACACGCUUGGAGAAAUCAUUCCAUCUUAUAUGAUUCCGUCAACUUACUUCGCAAUUGGCACGGUACCUUUAUCCGACACUGGUAAAACAGAUAGACGUCGUCUCCGGAAUCUUUAUGCGUCCCUGGCCCCAGAACAACUGGCUGCGCUCCAGCCAACCCGUUCGAAACGGAGACUACCGAACACUUCCUCAGAAGUUUGUCUACAAAACCUAUGGGCUUCUGUGCUGGAAGUGGACUCUAAUUCAAUCGAUGCCAAUGACAACUUCUUCCGCGUGGGUGGCGAUUCAAUUACAGCUAUGAGAUUAGUGGAGGCAGCGCGCCAACAAGGGUUUUCCUUGAAUGUCGCAGAGAUAUUUAGAAAACCACGACUGGAAGAUAUGGCCAAUGCGCUAGACAGUGAAAAGCCCAUUGCCUUGGAUUCCAUUCCGCCGUUCUCACUUUUGAAUGACGAUGUGGACCCGAACAGUGUUAAGAAAGAAGUGGCUACAAUUUGCAAUGUGAAUGCAAGUCAGGUUAUAGACGUUUUCCCCUGCACACCUCUUCAAACUGGGCUUCUUGCCAUAACCGCUAAACGUUCCCAAGAUUAUGUUGCAAAACAUGUUCUGCAACUUCAAUCAACGACAGAUGUAUCUCGAUUACAAGAGGCAUGGAGAAAGGUAAUUGACCUAAACCCCAUCCUUCGUACCAGAAUUAUGGAUUUGCCAAGAGAAGGCAUGGUGCAAGCUAUACUCAGCCACCCAAUUGAAUGGGAGAUUUACACGGAUUUAACCGAGCAUCGACAUGCAGAUAGCCAAGUUGUUAUGGGACCUGGAAAACCAUUGCUCAAAUUAGCAAUAAUUUUUGAUAAUAGCACAGGUACUAGAUACUUUUCGCUGACCAUCCACCACUCUCUGUAUGAUGGCUGGUCAAUGUCGUCUCUCUUGGACCAGGUUGCAACGGCUUAUGAGGGAAAUUUCAGUGUCCAAUCGACACCAUUUCAGCUAUUCGUGAAACACAUCAGAGAGAUACCUACAGAGUCUAUUUCAAGUUUCUGGAACAGUCAAUUUUCUGGCAUGGAAGCAAACCAUUUUCCAGCACUCCCCAGCCCAGACUAUGAACCCAAGGCAGAUGACCUUCUUACGCAUUCCAUUGCAGAAAUCGAAUUAAAAGAACGAGAUCACACAAUGUCAACAAUGAUACGUGCAGCGUGGGCGAUACUGAUGUGUCGACAAGUUGCUGGUUCAGAGGCGCUGUUCGGUUCGGUGACCGCUGGAAGACAAGCAAACAUUCCCGGAAUCGAGCGAGUGGCGGGACCAACUGUAGCUACAGUGCCUAUACGAAUUCCUAUUGACUGGAAUGACGAUAUACAGCAACUGUUGGAUCAAAUUCAAGUUCAAGCAACCGACAUGAUUGCAUUCGAACAGACAGGCUUGCGCCAUAUUCAGGCUCUUGGGGGUGAUGCAAAGGAUGCCUGCUCAUUCCAAACACUACUUGUAGUACAACCACCCGUUCAAGGACCAGGGAAACAAAACAUAUUAUUUUCGCCAGUGGAGAAUGAAGACACAUCCCAAAGUAGCCUUUUCAGUGCAUUUGCAACGUAUGCGCUUACUGCGGAGUGUAUUGUUGAGAACCGAGGGAUACGGAUGCAAUUAAGAUUCGACUCGCUCGUUAUUGGAAAAAAACAAGUUGAGCGGCUGACAUGUCAGUUUGAGCACAUAUUGCGCCAAAUAUUCAAGCAUAAAAACAAUGAACUAGCCAUCAAAGACAUUGAAAGUGCUAGUGACAAGGAUUUGCGUGAUAUAUGGACCUGGAAUGCCGACGUUCCCAAGACUGUUGCACUUCCUGUUCAUGAUCUGGUUUUGCAGGCAGUACACACUCAACCAGAUUCCCAAGCUGUUCAUGCCUGGGAUGGCCAGCUUACAUAUAAAGAGCUUGACGACCUAUCAACACGCCUCGCGCUUCACCUUCUUGGAGAAGGUAUAAAACCUAACACUACAGUUGCCCUUUGCUUUUCAAAGUCUGUAAACACUCCAGUUGCAAUGCUAGGUGUGAUGAAAGCUGGCGCCAAGCAAGUUGUUUUGGAUGUUAAACAACCACCUGAGCGUCUAAGAGCUGUUCUUCAAGAAGUCGGCGAGCCACUGAUCCUUUGCACUGAGAUAGACAAGACACUGGCAGCUGAGCUAAGUUCAGAUGGGAAAAUUAUCGUCAUGGACAACGGAAAAUUGCGAUAUUUGACUCCGCCGUCUCAUCAGGUUCUACCACGUGUCGAUCCUAACAGCAUCGUGUAUAUGAUCUUCACAUCAGGCUCAACAGGACGGCCCAAAGGUGUCGUAAUCAAUCAUGCGAAUGUUUCCAGUGCUCUCAUCAACCAAAGCAGUUCCAGAGAAAUGGACAAAAACACCCGCACACUUGAUUUCACCUCAUAUGGAUUUGAUGCAGCGUAUUUCAGUCUCUGUCACACUCUACAUGCUGGUGGCUGCAUUUGUGUACCCUCAGAUAAUCAACGUUUGAAUGAUGUUGGCGGCGCCAUUCGGGAUCUUAAAGCAACCUGCGCUCUUCUGCCUCCAUCCUUAUUAAACUCAGUAGAUGAGGCUGAUAUACUUCGCUUGAAGACAAUAUAUCUUGGCGGAGAGCCUGUUCCGACAACGCUCAUGGAAAAAUGGCACGAAAAGACGCAUAUAUCAAUUGUAUACGGCCCUACCGAAUGCACGAUUAUAUCCACAUACUGGCCGACAGAAAUUCCAGUUCCAUCCAGUGGAAUGCUAGGGAAGCCCUCAGGGCUCAAAUCCUGGAUAGUCGAUGUCUCCGGCUCGUGCUUGGUAGGAGUCGGUGCUGUGGGAGAGAUGUGGCUAGAAGGCCCUCUUGUUGGCCAGGGAUAUCUGAAUAAUCCAGAGCAAACGUCUACUGCGUUCUUUGAAAGUCCUUCAUGGCUACUAGCGGGUACAACAGAGUUCCCCGGUCGCACUGGUCGUCUAUAUCGGACUGGAGACCUAGUUCGUUACAAUGAAGAUGGAAGCUUGAGCUUCGUGGGGCGAAAAGACGGUUAUGUAAAAAUUAGAGGGCAACGUGUUGAUCUUGGUGAGGUUGAACAUCAUGUCCGUCAAAAACUACAGGAUGUCUCCCCUCGAAAUGGACAAUGGGGUGUUAUUGCCGAAGUUAUCACUCCCAGCGACAGCAACAGGAAGAUGUUGGUUGUAUUUUCUUGUCCUCCCGGGGCUAGGGGUCUCAGUGAAGAAGGCCUAAAGUCCGAAGUCCAAAGCCCUACGUCUCUACUUAGCAGUAGACUGUCGCAGACGCUUCCUAGCUACAUGGUUCCAUCAGCAUACAUACCCAUGACAGAGAUACCGUUAACUGCCACUGGAAAGCCAGAUAGGCGAAAACUAAGACGGCUGGUAGAGUCUCGGAGUACUUUUGAGAUAUCUGCGGUAUCAGAUGAAAUAGUCUCGCCUACAACAUCGAUGGAAGAAACGAUUCGAGAUAUCUGGGCAAAUGUACUCAAUUUGCGCCCAGAGUCAAUUUCUAUUACCGUCAGUUUUCUCGAACUUGGCGGAGACUCGAUUACGGCCAUGCAAAUUUCGUCUCGUUGCCACACUAAAAACAUAUCAUUAUCCGUACGAGACUUGCUAGAUUUAAAGACAAUACAAAAAGUCGCUGCUCAAACCCUCAAGGCAUCUGUACCGACUCGCAACUUGCCUGAUGAUCACCCUGAGGGAGAGCUAACUGGUCUGUCACCAAUUCAGCAGUGGUUUUUUGACUGUCAUCCUAAUGGAAUGGACCAUUUUAACCAGACAUUCCUUUUUAAAUUGGGGGAUAAGGUCACCGCAAGUGAUGUCCAUGCUGCGUUACGAGAAGUUGUCUCUAGACAUCCCAUGCUCCGGUCUCAAUUCAAAAAGAAUGAGAGAUUAGGGUGGCAGCAAUGCAUCUUACCAGACUCUGACGAUGCCUUUAAUUUUAUGGAACAUCAAGUUGAGGGCCAGCAGGAUAUAGAAGAGAUUUGUCAAUGGCGCCAGAAACUUCUAAACAUAUCCAGUGGGUGUGUAUUUGCCAUUGAUGUUUUCAACGACGUUUCAAAUGAUCUGUUCAUUCUCUUCACAGCCCACCAUCUUGUGGUCGACCUUGUUUCUUGGAGAGUUAUUUGGCAAGACGUUGAACAGUUCAUACGAGACAAAAAGCCAUUAAACAAGACUCCUUCUUUUCUAACGUGGUCUCGAAUUCAAGAAGAGGAUGGUCAGAACCUAACCCCCACUGAAACUUUACCAUCCAAAAUCAGAGUUCCUGAUGUUAGUUUCUGGGGGGUUACUCCUGUUGAUAACAUUCGUCAAAAUUCUAUUUCAAUGGAAAAGGUCUUUGACGAAGAAAUGACCAAUCUCCUGCUUGGAAAAUCCAACGAAGCCUUACAAACAGAACCUGUUGAUAUAAUGCUAUCUACGCUCAUCUGGACUUUCGAAAACACGUUCCCUGAACGUAAAACACCGCCUAUAUUCCUUGAAGGUCAUGGCAGAGAGCCUACCGAUACAUUGAACUUUGACCUGAGUGAAAUCGUGGGUUGGUUCACGAGUAUGUAUCCUGUUCAAGUAAACAAGCAAGCAACACUAUUCGACACCCUCGCAUCCGUCAAAGAUUAUCGCAAAUCUAUCGCCAGCAAGGGUAGACCGUACUUUGCUUGCCGAUACCACAGUCAGGCCGGUCGAGAAGCUUUCGAAAGCCACGGAAAAGCAGAGAUUUCAUUCAACUAUACAGGUCGCUUCCAGCAAUUAGAGCAGACGGAAUCGAUCCUUCAGCCCAUUCCACUCAGGCUAGAGGGCACCUCACCCAUGUCCAGCAGACUCGCUCUAAUCGAAAUAAAUGCCGGUGUCUACAAUAAGAAGUUGCAUGUAUUCAUUUCCUUACAGCAUCGGAUGAACCACCAGCCACGCCUACAUAACUGGGUUGGGAAAUUUGCCGAUACCUUGAAUGAAGUGACGCGCACACUGAAGGACGCUCCAUUAACAUUUACUCCAAGUGAUUUCCCUCUUCUUUCCAUUUCGCGUGACUCUAUCAAUUCUAUCAUUUCAGAACUUGGAAAUAUUGGGGUCCCAGUGUCCAAUAUCAAAGACAUGUAUCCGGCGACGCCAAUUCAGAACGGUAUUAUACUCAGUACAAAAAAGCAAACUGCUUCUUAUCAAAAUUCCUGGGUCUGGAAAUGCCUUUCUGACAAUUCUGGCAAGGAAAUAUCUCCUAGGAAGCUUGCAGAAGCCUGGGAAAAAGUCAGCCGGCGUCACUCGAUCUUGUCUACAAUAUUUAUUGAACACCCCCAAACUGGUUAUACGAUACAGGUACUGUUGCAUGCUACGUCCAUGAAUGUUCUUCACCUGACAUCAGAAACGGAGAAUCCUGAACUCGUCCUCAAAGAAUUCAAGCAGCACUCUCUACCGGUAGAGAAACCACCCUAUUCUUUGACGAUAUGCCGGGGAGUAAACAACGAAGUAGCAUGUCGACUAGACAUGAGCCAUGCUCUCAUUGACGCUAGUUCUCUUGGAAUACUUGUCAAUGAUGUUAUGCGGGCAUAUAGCGAGGAAUUACUACCUCCAGCUCCAGCAUUUCGCGACGUUGUGGAGCAAAUAAACGCAAGGCCAGAGGACGAGCGGCUUACAUAUUGGAAUGAAUAUCUUCAUGGAAUUGAACCUUGCGAACUUUCUGGAGUCAAAAAAACAAAAACUACAGCAGAACCUACCUAUGGCCAAGUUCUCCUUCCCCAAACAGCAACUGAAAAGAUCCAGAAAUUUUGCAAGGAACGACAAAUUACUCGUGCAAUGCUUCUCCAAGUUGCGUGGGCACUGGUGCUAGGAAGUAUGACUGGAGGAGACGAGGUCUGCUUUGGGUAUCUCUCAUCCGGCCGUGACAUAGAGAAGGUCGGUCAGAUAGUUGGCCCUACAAUCAGUUUAAUGGUCAGUCGAGUGAACUUGAAGAAAAAUUUGAAUGAGGUAAUUUCUACGACUUAUCGUGACUCGACGAAACAUUUCGACUACCAGCAUGUGUCCUUGGCCGAUAUUUUGCACAGUCUGAAUUUGCGAGGCCGCAGAUUGUUCAACACUGCCAUGACCAUUCGACAAGAUGAUAAUUAUGGAGAAGACAAGUCUGGGGACAUUCGGUUUGUGCAGACUUAUGGAGAAGAUCCACACGAAUAUGACAUACUACUAUUUGCCGGUUUACGCGGACCUCGAACCACAGUUGCCAUUUUGUAUAAUGAACAAUUUGCCGACAAAUCUUUUAUCAGAGAAGUAGGAUCAGUAUUUGAAUCCGCUAUCCAAUACGUCAUAGAGGCGGAGUCUUCGGAAUCAUCUUUGAAAGGUGCAUUUUUCAAAUCAUUGUUGGGAACAGAAGAGACGGCUACGAAGAGCUUCUGGAGUGGACAAUUUUCCGAUUUAAAGGCAAUUCACUUUCCAGCCGUUUCAGACCCUUCUCACGAACCUCAAGUGACCGAAAGUGUUUCAAUCUCAUCAUCGGAAAUUAGCCGGAGCUUAGAGCUAUCUUCUCAUAUUGUGACCUCAAUUAUAGCUUCGUGGGCAUUGUUAAUGGAGCAGUAUACCGGCGUCUCGGAUACCGUCUUUGGCUAUGUCGGACCUAAACAACAUCUAAAUCUGCGGACGUCGCCAAUUCCUUUGAGAGUCGACUCUGAAGAAGUUAAAACGGUACAGCAACUUCUGCAGCUCGUUGACGGUCAAAUAAACCAAACAACGGAAUUUGGUACAUUUGGUUUACAUCGGAUCAGUCAAAUGAGCAAUGAGGCGGAACAUGCAUGCAAGUUCCGUACAGUGCUACAAAUUUCAUCGUCUGAAAACUCUAAGAGUGCGACGUUCUCACAUACUUACCCACUCAUUCUACAGUUCUAUAUUUUGGACAACUGUUUACGACUCGUUGCCAACUUUGAUUCACAAGUCAUGAACAGAAGUCAGGUUCAAAAUCUUGUUGGACAAACGAUGCAUAUCUUUGGCCAGAUUUCCAGGAGCGAGUCACUCUUGAACUUGCGCAAAAUUAACACAGUCCCACAAACUGAUUUGCACCACAUUUGGAGGCGGAAUAUGAAAGUCCCAAAAACAGCCGAUGCAAACGUGUGUACUCUCAUCUCCCGCACCUCGCAUCACAUACCAAGCGAUAUCGCUAUAUCCUCCUGGGAUGGACAAUUCACUUACAGUGAGCUUGAUAUAAUCUCAACCAAGCUAGCCGACGGGUUACGAAGUCAAGGAAUAUCAUCCGGAUCCAUUAUUCCUCUAUGCUUCGAAAAGUCGAGAUGGGCCGUCAUCGCUGUACUUGGUGUAUUGAAAGUGGGAGGCACUGUGCUCUUACAAUCUCCCUCUGUCCCUGUGAAAAGAAGACAAGAGAUAUACUCAAGAGUUAAUGCUAGUCUGUGCCUAGUAUCAGACAAGAAACUCUCGGUGGACCAAGAUAUCAUUCCCACUUUCACAGUUUCUGAUUUACUCCACGAUGAUGCUGUUAAAAAGAGCGGACCAAGCAUCCCAAAAAAUCCUUCGAAUGAACCGGCAAUAAUCCUGUUUACUUCUGGAUCAACUGGGGAACCAAAAGGCAUUGUUUGGAGUAACAGCACCCUCACAGCCAAUGUCAUGGCAUUUGGAAGUACUGCUGGCCUAGGACAGCACUCGAGAGUCUUUCAAUUCGUGUCAUAUGACUUUGAUGUGAGCAUCGUCGAAACAUUUGCAACACUAAUUUGUGGAGGUUGUAUUUGCAUCCCCUCAGAAACCCAAAGGCUCGAACAACUCAGUGAAACUGUGGCAAAUUCUAGAUCGAACCUUUUGUGUAUCACGCCAACCACUGCUGCAUCUCUUAAACCCGGCAUAAUUCCCAAACUGGCAACUAUAAUAUUUGCUGGAGAAUCGCUGAAGCAAUCCGAUGUUGAUAGAUUCCCAGAUACUCGUAUAGUCAAUUGGUAUGGUCCAGCCGAAGCGUCAUUCGCAUCAUCUUGCUCGGUCAACAACACACCAUGGCAAGACGGCAACAUUGGUUCUCCAUUAGUGAGUGUUUCUUGGAUCGCCAAUCCUAAUAACGAUCAAGAACUCGUACCGCUAGGAGGAAUCGGUGAGCUAUUAAUUGAAGGGCCGAUUGUUGCGCUUGGAUAUUACAAUAGUUCCGAUCUCACUACAGCUUCGUUCAUUGAAGAUCCAACAUGGCUCCUCCAAGGUGCACCAGGUGCUGGCAUUCAAGGAAGACCCGGUAGAUUGUUCAAAACAGGGGACCUUGUGCGACGUGGAGGAGACGGAAGCCUAAUAUACAUGGGAAGAAAAGAUGCCCAAGUAAAGAUUCGUGGUCAACGUGUCGAACUUGAUGAAGUGGCACAUCAUCUACUUAAAAUUUUGCCCAAAGACCACGGAAUCAAAAUUGCACCUGAAGUUGUCACGCCUACGUUUAGUGGCGUGCCUUUGCUUGUUGCAUUUGUGUCAAUGAGUGUGAAGUCCCAGCUGGCCGAUACAAUGUUAUCUCAGCUACAAGGAAUGGCCGAGGAUCACCUUACGGAACUGUUGCCAUCAUAUAUGAUUCCUUCAGCGUACGUGCUUAUAGGCGAGAUUCCGAUAACGAACACAGGCAAAGUAGAUCGACGUCGACUGCGGGAGUGGGGAGCAGCGUUGACAGCUACUGAUAUUUCACGACGUGCCUCAGGGCAAGAAGAUAACAGAAAUCUCACGCACGCAGAGAAACAAUUGAAAGACUUAUGGGCAAGCGUACUGGGCACGACUGCAGGAGAUAUUCAUGUUGACGACAGCUUUAUGCUAAUUGGCGGAGAUUCCAUUCUUGCAAUGAAAUUAGUCGGCAAGGCUCACGAGAAUGGCCUUUCAUUAACGGUCACCGACGUGCUUCGUCGGCCAAGGCUGUGUGAUAUGGCACUAGCCUUGAGACAGUCACAGCCUGCAUCUUCAUCAAUGGCCGUCGAACCACCUCAAAGCAACAGUCAGACUAAAGAUACAAUAUCUAUGAUGCUUAAACUUGAUUCUAGCAACAUACGUAACAUUACGUCAGUAACCGAUUUCCAGACAAUAUGCAUCGAUGGCAAUCUUCAAGCUCCUAGGAAGUGGUGGGCAAAUCUUCUUAUUUACUACAGCUCAGAAAAUAUACUCCCCGAACAGCUUGUGGCUCGAUGCCUGCAGCUCUGGGAAGCGUUUGAUAUACUACGCAGCAUUUUUGUUCAAGCCAAUGGUCAAUUAUGGCAAGUUUCGACUCAUAAUACUCACCCAAAAAUCGACGUUUUGCAGGUUAAAGGUCAGCUCAAAUUCCACCUUGACAAAAUCGCCGAAGAUGAGGAGUCAAAAGAAUACAAGCUAGGCACACCUCCCACGAGUUUUACAGUCAUGCAAAAUGAAGAAGGACAAGUUGGCCUGCGUGUUGGGUUAUCGCAUGCACAAUACGACGGAAUUUGUUUGCCUCAGAUAAUGCAAUUCCUGGAGGACUUUGAUGAUAUACCAGUCGUCCAAAAGCCAACGCCAUUCUCGGCAUUUAUUCACCAUGCUGCUGAGAAAAAAAAUGUUGGGAAGGCUUAUUGGACGCGACUCUUGGAGGGAUCAACGUCAACUCACAUUCCUCGCCAUGUUAAACCCUUCUCGAUCAGCAAUGGCAAUGGCUCGCUCAAUGGCCAUACAAAUGGCAAGCAUACCGGACAUGUUAAUGGCACCCAGGAGGCAGUGGCCCUCAAGGCGUUAUCUCAAAUCCCUCAUUCUGAAGAAUCUGUUAGCGCAGCAUCAGUAUUCUCAACAGCGUGUGCACUCGCUCUUUCAAAGGCUACUGGAGAGUCCGAUAUUACCUUGGGGCGAGUAGUAUCUGGGAGGUCAUCCCUUCCUCCGUCAUUACAGAACGUUUUCGGUCCCUGUAUCAAUUUCGUCCCUCUACGAAUCCAAGUAGAUAAGGACGUUGCCCAUAAACAGACUCUUCACUCGGUGCACGAUCAAUAUAUCAAUAGUCUUCCGUACGAGACUGUUGGUUUCAAAGAGAUUAUUGCUGAUUGCACUGAUUGGAGUGAUGACUACUUUGGGUGCACCGUUCAAUAUCAAAAUAUUGCCAACCCGACAGGCACAAUGACUGGGGCGAAGGCCAACGCGGAUUUCUGGCGCCAUGGAAAAAUUGGAAUUGGCGGGAAUUGGUUAGAGAUCUUUGCGAUGCCGGUUGACCACGAGCUCGAAAUUACGGUCCUAAGCAAGGUGCAUGAUCGCGACAUGUUGCAGCAAAUACUGGAUGAUAUUGUUUCGUUUGUUGGGAAGCUGAUAUAA